AUAAUCACAAUUCCGACAAUAUUUUUUUUUUAAAACAAUGUCUUUUAAUCUCUCACCAAUAAAACCCAGUUUACCUCAACCAAAAUUAGACCUAAUUAUUUCAUCAUACCAAAAAUUCCCAAAUAUUUCUUCUUCCCCUUCUUCAAAAUACCCAAAAUUAUUUUCCAAAUUUUUUCUGGAAAAUAAAAAUAAAAAUACACUCAGCUCCUUUCAGACCUUGCUUCUUUACUCUUUAAUGGUGGAAAUUAAACCCAUGUUUUAUUUCCAUAAAUCCAUUUUUUUAAUUACUAAACAAGCUUAGCUUCUACUCAAAUCAAACAAUUUACAACCCACCUUUUGCCUUUUCAAUUUUUUAUUUUUUUGGUAGAGCUGGGUUUUAUUUCUAAUUUGCUGAAAAAAUUCAAAAAAAAAAAAAAAACUUAAUGGGCAGUUCUUAAAAAAGGAAAUAAAAAAUUUCUUCAAAUUCAUUUUUCAAAAUUAAUUUUCUGUAAAAAAAUUAGUAAAUGAAAUGGAAGCAAAGGAAGGAGGAAGUAAUAGUGGAGUAACAGUAGUGGGGUCAGAUGCUCCAACAGAUUAUCAAAUAGCUCCUAGGAUUGAAAAUAACUCCGGCGAUACUCCGGUCGCCGGAUCAUCGCCGUCUCCGGUGGCGCUGACGGAGGUGCAUCCGGGGUCGAAGAAGAAAAGAGGAAGACCAAGAAAAUAUGUACCUGAUGGUGCUGUAACAGUCGCUCUUUCAGCAAAACCCAUAUCAACUUCAGCCCCGGCCUCGGCUGCCGCCAACGUUAUCGAUUUCUCAGCCGAGAAGCGACCAGUGAGCAAAGCGCCGAAGGCGAAAGCCGCCUCGGCUAAUGUCAAGCAACACCAGCACACUCAAGCAGCUCAGCCUAAGUUUGAGUCUGAGAAUAGUGGUGAAUGGGUAUCUUGCUCAGUUGGUGCUAAUUUCACACCUCAUAUCAUUACAGUCAAUGCUGGUGAGGAUGUUACUAUGAAGGUUAUAUCAUUUUCUCAGCAAGGUCCUCGAGCUAUAUGUAUUUUAUCUGCAAUUGGCGUAAUUUCCAGUGUAACACUUCGGCAGCCUGACUCUUCUGGUGGUACAUUGACAUAUGAGGGCCGUUUUGAGAUACUUUCUUUAACUGGCUCGUUCAUGCCUUCUGAGAGUGGUGGGAUAAGGAACAGAUCAGGAGGGAUGAGUGUUUCGUUGGCAAGCCCAGAUGGUCGUGUUGUAGGUGGUGGUGUAGCUGGUUUGCUCGUUGCUGCUAGUCCUGUGCAGAUUGUGGUAGGAAGUUUCUUAGCUGGAAACCAGCACGAACAGAAGCCAAAGAAACAAAAAUCAGAGUACAUAAUCAGCGGUCCACCAGCUUCUACCGUACACUUUUCGAAUACAGGAAUGCAGGACAAUUACGGGGGCCAAGGUUACCACACUUCAGGUACCACAUACUCGUCUUACCAAGGAGACAAUAGGAAUGGAUCAGCUGAUCACAAUGAAUCUAUGCACGACGGUUAAACUUAGAAGCCAAGAACAGGAAACCUAGAUGAUUGGCAACAAUGAGAUGCUACUAAUUACUACUGGCCAUAUAUAAAUUAUUGUGACUGCCCGAAAUCAUCUCUUCUGUUUGUCACAUCUUGUAUAACCUUGUGUGAUAUUCACACUUGCAAUUCACGACGGCGGUUUGUUAAUCCUUGAUUAUGUAGGAAUUUAGUGUUAGCUUAACUUAAUAGAUAGGUAUUUUCUACAGGUGUUUAUUUAUGUAGAAUAAACUUGUGUUCAUACGACUUUACGACAUCAAAUUUCUUAGCAAAAUGGUUAUUGGUCUUCGUUAGUGUAUUAUCAUUCUCUUAAAACUAAUCUUUUGGAAAGUCAAUUGAAGUGAUUUAUCACAUGGGCGUUUGAUGGAAAAUUACAACGACUCUUUUGUACUCAAGGAUUCUGUUUGGUAUUAAUACAGAGUACUUCGUUUAUGUUUA